GAGAACUUCAUCCCCCCCAGCUACUUCCCCGCCGUUUUUUGCUACGCCGUCCUGGGAGCAGCAGGCGGCCCCCACACUGCAGAACCCGGGGAACCGCCGCUGCAGGCGCAGAUAUAGAGUCCCCCCGCGCACGCCUGCGCCCCAGGCGUGCCAGUGACCUCCGCCCCGUGCUUCGCUGUGCAAGCAGCGGGAACCAUGGCAACGGCGGCAGAGAUGGGCUCGAAGCCUUCGCCACACCCGUGCCCCAUCCACACCUCCCUGCCUCACUCCUCCUACGAGGAAAACAACCCAGGGGCGCAGGUCCCAGAGAUCAGGGCCUACAAGCUGGGCAAGAAGCGGUGGAGCUACAACCAGGUGGAGCUUGUGCUGGGCGAGGCGGGCGGGCGGCGGGCGGCGGGCGUCCAGCAGGCCGUCCACGCGUCCACGCAGUUCCCGACAGAGCACCAGGCGAGUGCUGCCAUGGCUGGCCCGGUUCCCCACGGCACUUGCUGGCUCGACUCGGCCGUCGGUUUUCUGGUGCAGCUCAAGUCGGGGCAGAAGCUGCAGGUGCACAUCUACCUGUGCUACGACCAACCCCUUGCCCCCCCGGCGCCUGAUCAUCCCGACUCCAACACCGGCGCGGCCCCCUCCUCCGCGCCUGCUGAGAACGAGGCAAACCCCGCUGCUGCUCCGCCCGCACCCGCGCUGCCCGGCGCCAGCGCUGUUCCCGGCGCCGUUUUGGCAGGCAGCGAUGCCAAUGCAGGCAUCAGCGGAGAGCACUCUUGGCGCCUCGUGGCCCGGGCCGACUGCCACAAGGGAUGCCGCGGCCCCACUCUGCGCUCGAUCCAGCGCUUUGGGCGCCUGGGCAAGCGCUCCUGGAACGAUGCGGCUGCCGCCACCGCCGACGACUCCAACCCGGAUCCGCCGUCCAGCUCGAUGGCGGGGAACUGCUCCAUGAAGGACCCGCGCUACAUGUACCUGUCGCUGGACGAGGCGUGCACGCACGUGGACACCCCCGCCUUCCGCCUCGUGGCCGGCGUCUACAACCGCCAUGCCACGCGCCUGCUAGCCACCGCCGUCAGCCCACCCAUCCGCGUGCUGGCCAACAACGACGUGCCCACCGGCGCCGCGCGCAUCCCGCUGGAGGCGCGCCUGCCCGCCGACUGGGAGGGGUGGGGCGCCGAGGAGGCGGCCGGGGCGGCGGCAGCAGCACAUCGCUCCGUCUCCCCCAGACACGGCGGCCGGCGCAAGCUCUCGUUGAGGGGUGCUGGCAGCGACCCCUCCCAGUCAGGCACCCCAUCUGCUGACCUCAACCAGGGCAGCAAGCCGCAGCAGCAUUCGCAGCCGCAGCGGCUGGACCACCUUCACCAGUCAACGCAGGAGGUGCCGCCGCUGCCUGUGCAUCUGCAGCAGGCAGGCUGGCUGGGCCGCGCGGCGCAGUCUCAGCCCAACAUCACGGUUGCUUCUGCUGCCCCGCUGUUCCAGCUAUGGCAGCAGUUACAGCAGCAGCAGCAGCAGCAGCAGCAGCAGCAGGAGCAGCAGCAGGCGGCGGCAUCUGCCUGGCAGCAGCCGAUGCAGGCGGUUGGCGUGGACCAGCUUUCUCAAGCUACGCAGCAGCUGUCGCAGAUGCUGCAGCUGCUGCAGGCUGUCAAUGGAGCAGGCCGUGCUAGCCUUGGGCAGGGCGUGCUGUACCCAGGCGCGCCGCCGCCCCAGCAGCUGCCGCCUCCAGCGCCUGCAUUCGGUGGCUUGCUGGGCAGCCUGCCAUCCCUGGCUGGCCUGGGGGGGAACGGCCACGGGCAGCUCAGCUCGUCCAACCUGAUUAGCAUGCUGCUGGCAGGGGCCAGCGCUCCGUCGCCACCCCCAGCCCCGACUGGCUGGGGCGUGGGGCAGGGGCUGCCGCCCAACCUGGCUGCGAUUGCCACCAGCCUGGCGGCAGCGGCUGGGCGAGCGCAGCCGGCGCCCGCGCAGCCCGCCAGCCCUGACGGGGAGGAGGCAGGCUGGAAGAAGCAGGCGCUGGAGAAUGGUACGUGGCCUGCCAGCCUGGGCAUGGCAUCAGCAGGCGCACUGGCUUCUGAGGUGCAGCACGAGGCGGCGACUGACCCACAGAAGCCUGUGCCGCUGGCCAAGCACGCGCCUUGCUGCAGGGAUGUGCCCGUGGACACCAUGGUCAUGCUGGCCAACCUGGCGGCUGCAGCAGCGGGGACCUAA